AUGACAAUCGCACAAAUAACCAACAGCGACAAUUUAAACCUACUUUCUCCAAGAUCCUUAAGACACUUUAAUUCCAAGGCUAACAAUAAAAAGAUAAAACUCAGAAAUGUUUCAUCCAAGAUGAUUUCCAAUAGAGUCAGGUCAAGUUCAAGAAAAAGCCUUAUUCACACUCCUCCUUCAACUCCCAAAAAACUCAAAAAAAUUGGCAAAAACGUCAAUUUGAGGCGAAAGAGAAAAAAAACACACUUGUUUGAUAAUGAAAUAUCAACUCUUGAUACCAUCCAAAUUAUAAACAUAUCGAGUGAUGAAGAUAACAGUGAUAGUUAUAGUGAUACUGAAAUUGAAAAUAUUACACUGGAUAAUUUUAUACUGAAAAAAUACGAUGCAUCAAUAUCUCAAGCAUUAAAUACUUCAUUUGAAGAUAAGUUUAAUGAAACCAUCAUCUUGACUGAUUCUUCCGAUUCUGAUUUUGCUUCUGAUUUUGAAAAUACUGUUAAUUCAUUCUUAAAUGAUGAUCAGUUUGAAAUUGAAAAAAUUGUAGACACUUUAUCGAAAACAGAUGAUGAAAACGAUAACAAUAAUAAAAAAAGUAUAAUAAACCAAAAUAAUAUUAUCAAGAAUUCUUUGCCUACUCUGAAAAAAGAUAGUGAAUUACCUGUUUUCACCUUAAAGGAAUCAAUCUAUACAAAAGCUAAAAAGUUAUUUCAGAAAAACUCUUCAAUUUAUACAUUGAAUUCAAACACCAAUUUAGCUCUAAUUGGUAGAGAGCAUCAAUUUAAUCAAUUGAAUUUUUUCUUCUCUAGUAAUAUCCAAAAUUUAAAAUCAGAUUUCUUGUAUAUUUAUGGUCCUCCAGGUACUGGUAAAACUGCUCAAACAUUAAAAUUUUUGAAUUAUUUUGUCAACAACAAUAAAAUUGAAAGCUCUAACGGAUUCAAUUAUUCUUCUAAUAUUCAUAAAAUUCAAAUCAAUAAUCUUUUUAGAAAAAUCACAAUAACAAACAUUAAUUGUAUGACAAUAUCAAAUAUUAAUAAAUUAUUUAUUAAAAUUUUAAAUAAUUUUGAUAUAGAUUUCACAAAUCCAAAAACCUAUCGCAAAUAUUUCAAUUCUAAAAGACCAAUGUUUUCGUCUCCAAAGGAUUUGCUAUUAAAUUUAUUUUCAAGUAGAAACUUUUCAGAUCAUAAUAUUUUAUUAUUGGAUGAAAUAGAUUCAUUGUUAAAUUCAAGCUGUAAUUAUCAUCAAAGUAUAUUAGAUUUAUUUUCAAUGACCAAUAAUUAUCAAUCGAAUUCAAAUAAAUUAAUAAUAAUUGGAAUAUCUAAUGAUUUAAAAUUUUUAGCAGAAAGAAAAAAUCUUCAGCUAUUAAAAAAAACUAGUUCUUCAAGUGUUAAUUCUAUCAAGUUCUCUCCAUAUGUAGAACAAGAAAUAUACGAUAUCAUUAAAUCUUUAAUGAACAGCUUAAAAGACAGUGAUAAUGGUGAUAAUACUGUACCAUUAUUUAAUUCAUUUGCAAUGAAAUUGAUAUCCAAAAAAUGUUCCAAUACCGGGGACUUAAGAAGAGUGUUUGAUAUAUGUUUUAAAGCAAUUGAAAAUACAGAAAUACUUGUUAAAAAUUCUAAAGAUACUAAUAUAGAUGAAUUGACAUGUUCAAAUGCGCCAAAAGUUUCAAUAGCAAAUAUCGGUAAACUAUUCAAUUCAUGUCAAAGUGAUCUGUUGAAGAUUAAGUUUAGAUCAAUAAAUCUUCAAUCCAAAAUAUUAUUAUGUUGUUUACUCAAUUUUGAGCGUAUCAGAAAAGAACAGUCCCAGAAAGUCAUUGAAUCAAUUGCUAAUACCACUAGCAAUGUUAAUAUAAUGAAUAUUUUAGUAGAUAGUCAUCCAGAUAAUGGUUAUCAUAUUGAAAAUAUCAAUUCUACUAUAAAAGACAAUAAAAAAUUGAAUAAUGAAAAUGGUAGCAAUAGUACUAUUGAAUUGAUCAGUGUUGAUGAAUUUUAUCAUUUUUAUAAAAAACUAAUCAAAAUUCAAAAUCUUCAAAUGGUAUCAUCACUAAGUAAAUGUGAAUUUAUCGAGAUUAUUAGUAAUAUUGAAACAUCGGGCUUAAUACAUUUAUCAGAUAUAAAUAGAAAUAAAACCAUGAAUAAUAGUUUCAAGUUUAAAAACAGAAUUAUAAGUUCUAAUGGGAUUACUACUCAAGAAAUUGUGAGUUUUGUUGAUGAAAAUGAAUUAUUAUUUUUAAAAAAAAUAUUAAAUAGUAAAAUAUAA